AAGCGAUGCGGCUCAACCACCGUAUCGCCGUCUCCUUGGGUGCCAUGGGCUGGCGCUCGGGCACGCGUCAAACACCGCCAUGGGCGGCCUAAGCGUGGAACGUUCCGCCGAGGGAAGAGGAUGGCGGCGGCCGCGAUCAUCGCGAUACACCGACGAAGGUCUUUGGAAGCAUUGGCCGCAGCAAGUCCAAAAGCGAAGCCUCCCACCAAGACCGUCGCCUCUACCUUAGAUCUGCCUGAGCAGGGGCAAGGCUUUUGGAGAUGGCAGAGAAAGGCAGCUUGGGCGUACCUGCAAUCUCCUGUACAGCUCUUUGUGGCAGUCCUGAUCGCAGGGAACUUUGUUGCAAACAUCGUUGAGAAGUGGAUUGACCCUUCAGCAGAGCAAUAUCCACAAACGUGGGAGGCCAUUGAUAGCUUCUUUAAUUCAGUCUUUGCCAUCGAGUUGGUUUGGAAUAUGUAUGCGUUUUGGUUUCGGCGCUUUUGGACCUCUGCAUGGAAUGUCUUCGACUUCGUGGUCGUGACCAUUGGAAUUCUCAACAUGUCGAAGUUGCCACUGCCUGGGCCACUGAGCUUGCUACGAAUGAUGCGUGCCUUCCGGGUCUUCCGGCUUUUCAAGCGCGUGAAGUCCCUCCACGCCAUCAUCGUGUCGUUGGGGCGCUCGGCGCCUGGUGUAGCUAAUGCCUUUGUGGUACUCCUGCUGGUCAUGGCCAUUUACAGCAUUUUGGGGCAAGAGUUCUUCAUGCUCUAUGCCUCGAAUGGAACCUUCGUGAACGACUUGAAUCAAGAAGUGGAAUUGCUCACGGCAAGAGGGUUGGACUACGGUUAUGACUACUGGGGGAACUUUGGUCUUGCCUUGUACACGAUGUUCCAAGUCUUCACGGUCGAGUCGUGGUCUGAGGGGAUUGCGAGACCUUUGUUCAACACCAAUGAUCUGUCGCAGCAGUUUGGGGUGGCGCUGUUUUUUGUGAGCUAUUUGCUUUGCGUGGGCGUCGCCUUGAUGAAUGUGGUGGUGGCGGUCCUUCUCGAGAAGAUGGUCUCCGAUGAACCCCGUUCGGUGGCGGAGACGCCGAAUGAGACCGAAGAGAAGUUGCCGGAACAUCUGGAGAAGGUGUGUUUGGAUAUCGAGCUGGACUGCAUUCAUCUCAAACAGCAACUGUCCGUGGUGAAAAGAUACAUGGACGGAAUCGUCGAAAGUGUCAGAAGCAGACAGCCACUUCAGCCAAGCUGAAUGAGGCUGUAAGACAAAAGACUGGAAGCCGAGUUCGCAUGAAAA